AUGGCGUCGUCAGUUCUUGAUUUAGUUAAACAUUACCAGCACGCAAUAGAGAAACAUCCGAACGACGAGAAUAAAGUGUUAAGAUGUAUAGACAAGCUGUUCAACUUGGCUGUGACAGUCCAGCACCUACAGGAGACAGGGGUGGGCCGAACUGUAAAUGCGUUGCGCAAGGAGCCGGGAGAAGUGGGGCAGGCGGCCCGCUCCCUGGUGUACAAGUGGAAGCUGAUGGUGGCUGCUGAGGAGAGUGAUACGGAAACAGACACAAACAAUGACAGUUCUACUCAGAAUGGACACGGCAGUGAAAAGGACUCGGAUGAUAAUGCUCAAUCGAGGCAUAGGUCCGAUAAAUACGAGCAAUCACAUUCAUCGAAAUCGAAACACCGCCGGGAAACUAACGGGAAUUAUAGCGGGAGCAAACGAAAAUACCACAGCAGUGAGGAUGAGGAACCCUCCACAAAACGGCGAAAACAGUCUAGUUCUAGUGAAGAUGAUUAUAAAGAAAAGUCGCAAGUCAAAGUGAAAACUGAGACUGAAAGCGACAGUCGUGAUGAUAGUGAUGCCUCACAGAGUGACGAAAGUGAGUCAGACAUGUCAGAUUCCUCCCAGGAAGAGGUUAAAGUCAAACAAGAAAUAAAGGUGGAACCAAAUAGUCAUAAGUCGUCUUCCAAACACUCUUCCCACAGUGAGUAUACUGAUCAUAAGUCAUCCAGUUCACAUAGAAGCCAUGAAGAGAAGCACUCUAGGCACCAUAGCUCACAGUCGAAAGACAAGCAUUCUUCUGAGAAGACAUCAUCAAAAGACAAGAGCCACAGUCACGACAAACACAAGAGCUCGAAAGAAAGAGAAACAUAUUCUGAAAAGAAAAUCAAACAAGAAGGAGAUAAAACUCACAAGGAGUCAAAAUCGUCGAGCAAACAUAGUUCAGACAAGCAUAGCGGCACAGAGAAGCACAGUAGUGCAGAUAAACACAGUAGUUCAGACAAACACAAUAGUUUGGACAAACAUAGUAGUUCGGACAAACACAGUAGAUCAGAAAAGCACAGUUUGGACAAACAUAAUAGUGUAGAUAAACAUAGUAGCUCUGACAAACACAAGUCAAGUGGCUCUCACAAAACAGAGAGUGGGUCUGACAAAAACAAAAGUUCUGAUAAACAUAGUAAGUCGGACAAACACAAGAGCUCAAGUCAUUCAGAAAAAGAGAAGCAUAAAAGUUCAUCUGAAAGAGAUGUUGAAAAGUCAAAACACAAGGUUAAGGAAAGUUCUAGUAAUAGUAGUAGUUCUAAGGAAAAGCAUAGUUCCUCAAGUAAGGAAAAGUCAAAAGAUAGAAGUAGUUCUUCUAAAGAGAAAUCAAGUAGUCAUAGUAGUGAGAAGAAACAUUCUUCGUCCAGUGAGAGCAAGUCGAAUGGUAGCAGUAAAAGUCAUUCUGAAAAGAAUGAUGAGAAAGCAGACAAGAAAUCGAAGCACAAAUCCAGUUCCUCUUCACACAAGAGUAAGUCAAGCAGCAGUAAAAAUGAUGAAGUACCAAAGAAAAAAGUUCAAAUACAAACCAUGGAGGAUAGUGAUGACGGAAUCGACUGCGGCUCAGGUGCCAGUUUUGCUGAAGCUCUAGGAAUGAUCAGUCCCGCCAAGCCAAAAAAGAGAACACUGAAGGAGUCCGUUUCACCCAAUGAUUUAAGUCCAGCAACUCUCCUAGCUCCUACUGCGAAGCUAGCGCCAUUACCAGCGCUAGAGAUCUCAGCACUACCAGAAAUAUCGCCCAACUACAAACCACGGCCGCCACCUCGACCACUGCCACAUUUCAGCGAUGAAGAAGCCAUGAAUCAUGUUAUUACAUCUAAAAACCAAAGAACCAAAGUAUAUUCAGGCAACAAGGUCAUAGGAAAAAUACCAACACUCUAUGAAAUGUGUGUUAACGUACUGCAGGAACAUAUCGAUGCACUUGAAUAUACAGGUGGUGUGCCAUACGAAAUCCUAAAGCCUGUCGUAGACAGGGCGACUCCGCAACAGUUGUUCGUAUUGGAACAUUACAAUCCCUACCUGAUGGAGGACACCGACCAUCUAUGGCAGAAGUUCUGUCAGAAAGAUUUCCGUAACAAACAGCGGCAAGAAUUGGAAGCCUGGAGGGAAAUGUAUUCGAGAUGCCAAGAAGAACAAGAAAUUAAGUUAAAAUCGCUAACGGCGAACAUUAAAAUAGCUCAAGAAGCGAAGAAGGCGCCUAUUAAGCAAACAAAAAUGGCGUAUGUCGAUUCAAUUGCAAAGCCGCCUCGAAACAUCGCCAAGAAACAGGCGCAGCAUGGCACAGCUCGACUGGCGACGGGUAGUCCGGCGGCGCGAGUGGCGUCCCUGGCGGCCGCCGCGCCUAACGUACGCCGCGGGGACUCCGGCCCUGUUCGAGCCCUCGCCCCCAUGCCCUCAUCUACUCCUUCCUCCUUCAAACCGAAGAAAGCCCCCCUCAUGGCAAAAGCCCUGCAGAUCAUGCGUGGACGCAAGCGAUGA